GGUACACACGUAAUAUACUGAGUGAGAUGCUGUAGUAUGUCAAUAUAUGAGUAUAUGAGUUUGAGCGUACGCUGUAUUUUUACUGUGUAUGUGCUAUUAAUGUGAAUUUGCAAAUUAGAUCAAUCAAUAUUAGUCAAGAUGCCAAAAUGCCUGAUAUGUAAGGUAGAACCAGGUCCAGUAUACCGUACUUUUCAUCUGUUUCCCAAAAACGAAUUUAUGAGGCAAAAAUGGAUUGAUGCUAUAAAUAUAACAAAUAUAACAAAAAUGCCGAAUUUUGAAACUGCACACAUUUGCAGUGAUCACUUUGAUUCAAAGUCAUAUUUUUAUUCUGAUGAAUUUAAUCAAAGAAAGCGGCUAUGCAAAGAAGCUGUUCCAACACAGAUAUCUUUGAUACAAUCUAUCGACUCUAAAGAAAAUGAUAAGCUAAACAAUAUAAACUUACAGUCGAGUACUAAAAAAGUGUCUGAAACGUCUACUGAAGAUGAAGAAGAGCUGUCUCUAAGUGAUUGUGAAAUGUUAAGUUGUAAUAUUCCAAGUAACAAAAAAAAUAGUAAGAAAAGGAAACAAUCAUUUGACGACAUCAGAAAAGCAAAACAAGUUCGUUUCAUGACUGGAUAUAAGACAGAAUAUUUAUGUCGACAUGAUUUUGUAAGCAAAGAAGCUUGGAAUCGAUUUCUUAGAUACUUGGCCUAUCAAAAGUCUGAAACUGCAGCUGCUCGUAAUAAAAAUUCACGCAAGUAGAUGAAGAUAAAAAAUUUGACUGGAUUGAUUCAUACUUUGGAAAAAAGAGAUGAAUUUGAAGCUGCUGAAUAUUUAAAGGUUUAAAUAAUAUUUUGUAUUUGUAUUUUUUACAAAGAAAAUUGUAAAUACGAAAAACCGUUACGAGUUCUUUAGCACGUAACUCCCUUUGACUGAAUAAUGUAUAUAAAAUAUUAAUUUAUAUUAAAUAACAGCUAAUAUGUUACAGUUUUUUUAAUGAACAAAGUAUGUAUAUACAGGGUGUUGAAAAAAAAGGGUUACAUAUUUUUAUAGCAGGUAGUAUUGAUCAAA